AUGAGGGAGAGUGAUAUCCAAGAAUUUCAAUUGAAUUUGCAGUGUUGUAGAAGUUUGAAGAAGCUGGAUCUCUCUGAUUGCAAGCAACUUAGAAGUACUCCAAACUUCAACGGUUCACUGAGUCUUGAACAUUUAUCGCUUGGUGGUUGCUCAAGUUUGACGGAGAUCCAUCCAUCGAUAGGAAAUUUGUCCAGACUAAUUAAACUAUAUAUGCGUGGUUGUGAAAAACUUACGUAUCUUCCUAGCAGCAUAUGCCAGCUAAUAUCCCUUGAAGUAUUGUUCAUUCCUCACUGCUCCUCUAUAAAAAAACUGCCAGAUAACCUUGGAGAUAUGAAAAGUCUAAGAUUUCUUUAUGCAUCUUAUACGGGUAUAAAACAAUUGCCUAGAUCCAUUGAAAUGCUACGAAAUCUAGAAAGAUUGAAAGUGGGAGGUCGAAAGUUAGAGGCCAAAAAGAGUAUUUAUGGAAGAGGAGUCCAUCAGAUACAAUAUUCCAUGCCAACUUUUGUAUCCGAUUUGAGACUUAAAUACUGUAAUUUGUCCGAGGCUGAUAUUCCUAAGGAUAUUGGGAGCUUAUCCUCCUUAGAAUAUUUAGAUUUGAGUGGCAACAGUUUCUAUAGUCUACCCUUUGAUUUUUCUAAGUUACGAUUGCUGAAGGUGUUGUCUUUGAAUGAUUGUGAGAAUCUCCAAACACUCCCGUCAGUAUCAAAUUUAGAGAAUCUUAGAACACUUCAAAUUAAGAAUUGCCAAAGAUUGGUCAAGAUUACAGAGUUGGACAACCUCCCUUGUAUAGAGCAGAUUAAUAUGAUAGAUUGUAGUUCUCUACAUAAUCCAUUCAAUGAAGGCUUCUUUAGUGCACCUGCUCUAUCAUUUCCAUCUAGAAAAAAUCAACUUAUGGUCAGACAUCUGGAUAUGGUUAGACAUCUGGAUAUGGUUAGACUUCUGGAUAUGAUGCAGCUUGAUUUAGAAAUUUUUCUCGAAUGCAAGGAAAUUCCAGAAUGGUGCAGGAAUCAAGUAACAGCUUCAUCUAUGUGUUUGACUAUGCCGACACAUAAUAAUGAUGAGUAUAACUUCUUAGGAAUGGUUCUCUGGUUUGUUAUCGACUCUCUGGAUGCAGCCCCUUAUCCAUGCCACAGGAUUAGUAUUGCCCAUAAAGAGACUGUAAUUGUUCCGUGGAGAUAUAGCUUACAUGAGGCUUUUGAUGGACAUAGAGAUAUUGCUUACAUAAGGCUUUUGAUGGCCUCAAAUGAACGUUUUGAUGGCGAGAUGAUUAAAGGUGGGGAAAGGAUAGAAGCAUGGUCUGAAGAAGUUACAGUAAAGAAGAUAGGGAUCCAUCUGUUAUAUUUAGACCAACAUGGUAAUGUUAUAUCUUUGCCCGGAGAUGUGGAUCAUUCUUAUUCUAAGUACCCAAAAAGAGUUUCGACAGGCUUAUCAACUCCUCCUUAUUAA